CUCUCUCUUUCACACCAACACUCCAUUCCCCAUCCAACCCGCCGCGACAGCAGCAAUACCAUGGCCCCCAAGACCACUCCCUCUCGAGUGGGCGGUGUGGGCUCAGUGCCUCCGAGUGGGAAUCCGAAUAACAAAGCGCCAGGAGUCGUUGCGACACCUUCUGUAAUUCGUUUUGAUGAUGAUGAUACCAAGGCCAAGCGAGGAACAGUAGCCGCAAAGUCCAGCAAAUCGAAACAACAACGCAAACAAGGACGCUCAGGCGGCUUCUCCUCCUACCUCUUCUCCCUCGCUCUGCGCCUCUCGGCCCUCUAUAUGCUAGUAGGCGCACUCUGGACCUGUCCAUCCCAACCGCUCCGUUUCGACUACAACCCGCGCGACUCACGCUCCCACUGCCGCGCCCUCGCUCAGGGUAAAGUGCAGCUCCAACCCAUCGUAGCGCCCUACAUUGCCUCGGCUCAGGCGCGCGUCCAGCCCCACGUCCAGCCGUACGUCGACGUCGCUACUCCCUACGCCAAGGCGGCGUGGAAGACCAGCAAGCCUUACUAUAGGUAUGCAGCCAAGCAGGGCCGCUGGGCGUACAAUAAGCAUGUAGAGCCCCGCAGGAAAGUGGCGGACAAGAAGGUGCGCAACUGGGUGCAACCUAGGUGGGCUGCAACGAGGCAGGUCGUCGAUGAGUGGACUCAGCCAGCUUACAAGCAGGCGGUCCCACUUAUGAGGAUAUACCGACACGACGUCCACCCGCACCUGGAGCGCGGCUAUGCCCAGUCCCUCGCCCUUGGUUCAGCAACGUACGGCGCCUACGUAACGCAUGGUCACCCUCUCGUUGUCUCGUCCGCGCGCCACUCCCACUCUUUCUACGUGAACCACGUCGACCCAGCCGUCCGCCGCGCGUACGCCCUCUACAUCCGCCCGCAAAUGGACAAGCUUCUCGCAAAGGCUUUUGGUCACAGGGCAAGCAAGGCAGGCAGUGAGGCCGUCAAGGCGGCAAAGGGGGAGGCGAAGCAAGUGCGCCAGGAGGCAAAGCAGGUAGAGAGGGAGAAGAAGGAGCAGGCGAAGGCUUCGGCUAUCCGUGCGCAAGAAGACCCCUCACUGGCGGACCGCAUCAACAAGGUCGCCGACCACGUAACCGGCGGACCCCUCGCUGCCCCCGACCCGGCCGCAUCAGCCGCGUCCGACGCCUCGCGCGCCGUUGAGGCCCAAUCGACCAAAGAACAGCUCGAGGCGUGGGAGGCCGGGCUCGCCCAGCUCAUUGAAAAGGAGUACACUCUGGUAACGGCAAGGUUUGGAGAGCUGCGCACACGCUUUGCUGAAGGGCUGCCGGAGCGCUUUGAGGUUUUGACCGAGGAUGUUGAGCUCGAGGUGGAGGGUAUCUUCGCCCGAUUGACAAAGGCGCUGAAUAAAGUCAAGGGCGGGGGCCACGAGGAGGCAGGGCGCGCCGCUUUGGAGAAACAGAGGAACAAGCUGCAGCGUAGCAGGGGUAAGGCGCUCAAGGAAUUGGACGGCUUCUACUCGCAGCUGCAGACUGAGCAGUGGGAGGCACAGCGCGCCUCGGUCGAGCAGGUGGAGCGCUACAUCGCCGAAGCGCAGCGCGCCUACCUCGGUUUGUUGAAGGGCGCCAAGUUCGACCAGACGAGGCAGGAUUGGAGCGAGUGGGACGACGGCCUCUCUGUGCGGUCAAAGCUCUUCGACGAGGAGUUGAGCAAAGUCAGGAAGGGAAGCACAAAGCUCGGCGCGGGCAUCUUGGGCAUCGACGCCGGACAGGAGGGGGACGUACAGCGCGAGGUGGUCAGGUUGCGCAAGCAGGUUGGAUCACUCUAUGAUACCGCUUCUGCCGAGCUGGACCAAUUCGCCAAGGAGCAGCUCGCGGCUAUCAAGGGCGAAGAACCAGUAGGCGCCAAUCCGGUGUCAAUUAUCUCCUCCAAGGCAAGCACGGCCGCAGCCAGCUGGUCCUCCGUCGCCUCAGCCGCAACGGACGAUGCGCCUAGCUCUGCCUCCUCUCUCCUUUCCUCCUCCUCCUCCUCGCCGGACAUUGCAGACCAAGCGGCCGGGUUCACAGAAGCGGUCAAGACGGGUCUGAACGAUUUCGCCUCUGCUGCCUCGUCGACGGGCUCCUCCCUCGCUCGCGAAGCAUCCAAGAGCGCCGGGCUCAAGCCCACACCGGAGUCUGCCGCCGAGUACAUGGAAGCCGCCGCCGGACUGGUCGGAGAGGCCAUGCCCGCCGUCGCCUUCGUGGGCGCAGAAGAAGCCGCCUCGUCAGCCAGCUCGGCCCUUCGCCACGCCACGCGCUCAGCCGCCUCGCUUGCUGGGGCGGAGGUGACGGCAGAGAGGGUGGAGGACUAUGUAGCGUCGGCGCAGAGUGUGCUCGAUAAGGUUGGGAAGGGGGUCGGGGAGGGGGCACAAAGCGUCUACGAGGCGAUGGGAGGGGAAAGUCUUGCAGAGCAGGUCCACGCUGCAACCCGCUCCGCUUCUUCGCUUGCUGGCGGCAAACCUACACCGGAGAGUGCGGGAGAAUACGUGGAGGCGGCGGGCGACUAUCUCAACUCUGCAGCUUCCUCCGGCUCAUCCGUUGCAUCACAAGUCUACGAAGCUAUGGGAGCAGACAACUUGGGAGACCAGCUCCACCACGCAACCCGUUCAGCCGCUUCGGUCCUCGGGGCCAAGCCUACGCCGGAGACGGCCAGCGAGUACGUGGAAGCGGCAGGUGACGUCCUCGAGUCCGCGGGGUCAAGCGCAUCCUCUGUUGCGUCUCAAGUCUACGAAGCCGCAGGGGCGGAGAGUCUGGGAGAGCAGUUGCACCACGCAACCAGGUCGGCCGCGUCUCUUGCGGGGGCCAAGCCUACGCCAGAGACCCUCGCCGAGUACGCGGAGGCGGCCGCUGAUCUCGUGUCGGAGGGCACGGCUUCCUUUGGCAGUGUGGCAUCUUUGGUCGUUGAGGAGGCUUCCUCCGUUGCGCACCAGGCUUCCCGUAGUGUGGUGAGCGCGGCAGGGGGUACGCCUGAGGCGGAAGGAUUCGUAGAGAGUGUGGAGAGCGUGGUGAACAAAGCCGCUGGGGGGCGCGUGGAGCUUUAGUAGAUGCGUGUCGUGGCGAGAUGCGAUCGAGCUGAGGGCUAGAGGACUCCGGAGUUUCGCGGUCUCGAAUCAACAAAAGGAAUGAAAGUUG